ACCAUUAUACAACAAUUGUACAAUUGUGCGCUUUCUGAACACAGCUGUCACUAAUUGUGAAUUGCAAUCAGUUGAUCUGACUAUCAGUGGUUGAUCAGUGGUGAUGGCUGUGUAGGCUGGUGCGGGUUGGUGCAAAUACAGUCGGCUCGAUUAGUAAACAUAAUAUACACUGCCGUGUAAGCAAGGCCUUUCAAAUUUACGCAGUUCGUCCUAGAACGGACUGCGGCUUUUAAAGUGGACUAGCAAGCCGUUUGCUAGUCUGACAGAGGAUAUUGCAAAAUGCAAAACUGGAAUCAAUGGCAAUUAUCAGCUGGUGCUAUUACUUCAGUGCCGCAGCCGCCAGUUGGCUACGCUGCAGCAGCAGGCGCAGAUCCCAUAUCCUUGAUGCAAAGCUGUAUGCAAUACUAUAAUCAACCAGCACCCAGUGGAUAUACACCAGAACAAUGGGCAGCUGCACAACAACAAAACUGGACUCAGUGGCAACAAUGGCAACAACAGUAUCAACAAUGGCAAGCGCAAUACGGUGACAAGUAUCAACAGACCAUGAAGCAUUUAUCAGCGCAGAAUAUGAAUUUGGCAGGCCAGGUGCAAUUGCCAUCAAAUGUGCAGCCACCGCCUUUGCCUAAAGAGGAUGUACGACCCCCUUUACCCCCCGCAACCACAAAUACAUAUCAAUUUGCGAACGUACCACCUCCACACCAAAAUAAUCUUCCGUUAUUCCCUUCUAAAGAAUCUACCAAUAAGACAUUGCCGCAAGUAAACGCGACAAAUCACCCUGCGAAUCCACCGUUGCCUACGAAUCAGCCACCUUUACCACCUGAGGUUGGCGAGAAUAGAGAAAACCUUCUUUCGGCCGACAAAUGCGAUAAUAAUGUAAUUAGUGAAUCCAAUAGUGCUAAAAAGUUGAAACCCGAAGACGAUGAUUUGACCGAGGCUGAGAGAACAUUUGACGAGCAGUUUCAACAGUGGGAAGAGCAAUUUAACAAGUGGAAGCAGCAGAACUCUAAUCAUCCGGACAAGACUCAGUACAAGCAAUACGAAGCGAAAUGGACGUCGUGGCGUGAGAAGUUGAUCGAACGGCGCGAGCAGAUGCGCAAGAAACGUGAACAACAGAAACAAGCCAUGAAAGCAGAAGCUGAUAAGGAUAAAAGCAUAUCUGGCGAUGAUAAAAUAUUGAAUAUCUUAUCGAAUAAUGAAAAUCAGCGACUGAUCAAUAAUCUGUUGGGUAUCGGGAAGACUUUGGGUCUGACGGGAAAGCAAAAUGCCGCACCUUUGCCGCCCCCGCCGCCGCCACCUCCGCCACCACCGGAAACCACAAGUGCCGGCAAUCAUCCCGCGACUCAAGGAACGCAGCAAAUCGUGUCACAAGUGAAUAUGUCUAGACCCGGUGUCGCGUCUUGGUCUAAUCAGCAACAAUGGAUAAAUCCGCAACACCCUAGAAUGGAACCCGGAUUCGCACCCGGAGGCACAAUGUCUCUGCUGCCUCUUCCAUCCGAAGCUGGUCCACCGCAAAUGAUCUCGCCAAACUUCGCACAGCCACCGCCGAAUCUGCCGAAUAACAUCGUGCCAAACUUUUCGCAACCUCCACCAAAUUUCCCUAACAACGAUCGCUUGCAUUUGCAAAAUGUGAGACCAGCGGGGCCAGGAAGUAUGAAGGAUCGUCCGCCGUUUGGUCCGGCGGAUCCUUCAAGUUUUAUGCAUCCAAACGAUCGGCUGCCUCAUAAUUUUGACGGACAGUCCAAUUUUAGAAGAGACGAUCAAGAGCGCUUCGGACGGGACAGUAGCAAUCCAAACUUGAGCGAGCAAAAUCAGUUUAGAUCUCCCGAUACUUUUGACAGUGCACAACGUUUCAGAAGAGGCGACAGAAAUUUUAGUGACUUUGGAAAUAAUCAAAUGAAUCCGCAGAGUAACUUCCCUUCGGGUAACGACCGUUUUCCACCGGCAAACGAUCGCUUUGGCAGAGAAAACAAUCGAUUUGGGCCGAUGGGAAGUGACAGAUUUCCGUCGGGAAAUGAUCAGUUUGGUCCAAAUAACGAUCGACCUGGUCCGGCGACUGAUCGGUUCAAUAAAGAAUGGUUCGGACCGGAGAACGAUCGGUUUAGGCCCGGAAUUGAUCGAUUAGGGGCGGAUAAGGAUCAUCACGUGCCUGGAAACGAUCGAUUUGGUGCGGACAGUGAGCGAUUUGCACCGGAGAGGUUUGCGUCGGGUGGUGAACGAUUUGGUCCCGGAUUGGGAAUCGAUCGGUUCGAGCCCAAAGAUCGCUUCCCCGCUGGCAAUAACGAUCGGUUUGCACCGAACAGCGAACACUUUCGUCCGAAUGAUCGAUUUGGCAGAAGUAACGCGGAUUUCUUUGAUGCGAAAGACGGAACUGAUCAUAGGCGAGAUAAUUUCGGCGCUAAUCCUCGUGGUUUUAACAGAAAUCCGUCCUUCAGUCCACCGAACGAUCUACCGCCAGAGCUGAAGAAGCUUAUGGAGAAACGAAAGGCCGCCAGUGACGUGUUUAGACCAAGUUUUAUCGAUUCGGACAAAUCCAGCAGCGUUAGCUCCCUCAGCGAGAGCUUCAAGAAAAUCGCUGGCGAUUCGCCCUUUAGAAGCUCUUUCGAUUUUCAGAAAAACGCACCAAAUCGUGGUGGAUUGCCGAACUUUCCGAACAGUGGACCAUUAAGUUUUCUAGCAUCCUCCUCCCGAUUGGGUCAAGUUUCCACCUCGUAUGGCCCGCGAGGUCAGCCUUUCAAUCGCGAUAACGAGCCUCCUUUCAGAGGACCUCCGGAUUUCAUCAAACAUCCUGCGGAUUAUAACGAACGAUUAGGAAAAGAAUUGGAAAGCAGACCUAAUCAGUCGCAACUAAUCAACAUUCAAUCUCAAGUUCCUAUUGAGCAAUCUGAAAGUAUUGAAAGUAUUAAUCCCGAUUCUUCGCUACAAAGUAAUAAUAUUGUAGAUAUCAAAAGUGCGGAGACAACGCAAGCGAGCGAGGCUGAUAAUACUAUUAAGCAGGAAGAUCCCGUUGUUUCUGAAGAUAACUCAAGAAAGGACGACAUUAAAGAAGAAAAUAAGGUUCCCGACAAUGAUAAUUCUUUGCAGCAGAAAAAUACGAAGUGCGAUGAUGAUCAGAUUCAAACCAACGUCGAAAAAACAGACAAUUCUGGCAACGAUAACGAUAAUUUUACUAAGAAGCCGGAAAGCUUGCCCUUUAUGGGUGAAAACGACCCACGGCCGGAAGAUUUAAACAUCGAACCACCGCCGGAACUGCCGAAUUUGUGUCCUAUUACUACGGAUCUCAAUCUGAACGCGGGUUUCAAGGAUAAGGGAUCAGUUGGCAAUCAGUUUGAUUCGCGUUUCAAUUCUCCUUUUGGUCCCACAGGGAUGGAAUUUAAACCUGGCGCGCCGUUCGAAUCUCGAGGACCUCCGCCAAUGUUCGGUCCUAGAGAUCCUUCCGCGUUUCCAAAGGGUCCUGCUCCGAGCACAUUCCAACAACAAGGUCCUAUGGACUCGCAACGAGGUCUCAUCGAUAGACCGCCGUUCGGACCUACUGCGCCGAAUGAAGGUCCUAGAAGAUCCAAUGAUGAGCAAUAUGGCGGACGAGAUCGUAAUGACGAAUUACCUGGACCUCUCAACAGUGGACAGUUUGCCCGGCGAGAUCCCGUGGACGAACGAUUUGGAUCACGAAUGCCGGAUGGACCCAUCGAUCGACAGAUCGGGCCGAGAGGCUCCAGCGACCUGCCGUUUGCGCCGCGAAAUUCCGGUCCGUUCGCGCCCAGAGGCAACGAUAUGCUCGGGCUUAGAAGUGCUAACGAUCGUCCUGAUUCUCUGAUAAUACCCGAGGGACCAUUUGGCCCGCGAGCACCUAAUGACGAAAGAGUGCCGCCCAGUGACACACUUUUCGGUACUCGACGUCUCACCGAAUCACAAUUCGGUCCCGUAGGGCCAAACAGAUUUGGUAAAGCGAGUGAAGCGCCGUUCGAUAAGAGACCGCUCUUCGACAGUAGCGAACAAGCCUUUGGACUGUCCGGCGAAAGAUCGCUUGGUUUUCGAAGACCUAACGAGGGGCCGUUCGGCCCUCGUGGCGAUUCUAACGAUUCGCUUUCGCUUGGCUCGCGCGAUCAAAACGAUCCUCUUCUCCCGCGAAAUCUGAAGAAUUUCAAUGACGCUCGAUUUAAACCCCGAGACUCUAACGAUGGGCCGUUUAGAACGUUGGACUUCAAGGCGAGAGGCCCCAUGAGCGAUUCAAGCAGCACAAAUAUUCCACCUUGGAGCGACCCUCUUAAUCGCAGCGAUUACAUGCGUAGGAAUCUCUCCUAUAUGAGAAGAGGACAGCUUGAAGACAAUAUCGCUGCUAAGCGAUUCAGGUAUGAAGAGAGCCCGAAACCGGAUGAGUUUAAUAAAAGCUGUCCGGAUAUCGACGCGGAAAUGCGAAAGGAUGGCGUUAACGAGUACGCUAGACGUACGUUUGAUCCUUUUAAAAAAACAUUAGAUGAAACAGCACCUCAUCCAAGAUACGUAACCAAUGAUGCUUGGAAGGACAAGUUCGGCGGCGAGCAGAGACCCGACGGAGGACAGCAGAACGUCGACAGGAACGUUCCGAGUAUGUUCGACGAGAGAUCAAGAUUGGAGAGAACCGCGACCGAACCGAAGAUGGGUGAUUUUAGACCGCGAUACGGCGAACCUGCGACCGGACAGGAUUUCCAAUCGAAAUACGCCUCCAAUUUGUUCAUGAAGCGCCCUCAAAUGAGGCCAGGUCAAGAGUUUUGCGUGUCUAAGCAGUUUAAUUAUAAUCACGGCGAAAUCGAUAAGAAGUUGAUCGAACCGAUCGCUUUCAGUCCGGCGAAGAUGAUCGAUUACGGGCAUGUGUCUCGUCCGUCGAUCCCAGAUCAACAUCCAUUACCAGUUCAGUGCUUCGAUUACAGCCAUGGUGACUUGAAACCGGUGGUAGUGAAUCGCGAGCAGCAGCAGCAGCAGCAGCAGCAUCCGAGAAAAGAUUUUAGAAAUUGGGUGGAAAACGAGCAAAAUCUGAAGGAGUUCAACGAUAAGAUGAGCAAGUACGAGAGCUCGAAGAAAUAUAACGAGAAAGCGAGGGGCUACGAGAACUUCGCGACGAAUUAUGACGCGCGUAAAGUGGUGGAUUAUAACAAGCGGAAGGAGCACGAUUGGCAAUCGAGUGAUAAGAGGUCCGAGGGGGAGAGGAAGGAGAACAACGAUCGUAAUGAAAGAGGACAUCAUUCCGAAUCAGAAUCCCGAUUCUUCGAACAUGCUUCCGGUAACAAUCAGAGCGACCGAUAUCAAUGUGAUAGAAGCGUUCCCAAAGAACGACUUCAAGAGAUACAUGAAAGUUCUCGACGGGAAAUGAAUAAAGACAGUGACAAAGAUGACAGCAGAUCGAAAGGAAGUGUUAGCUGGCAGGAGAACUUGAACAAGAACGUCAUAGACACAAAGCAGGACAUCAGUUUUUCUCCGGAUACAAAUGUCGCGGAGACAGCUGCAAAAACUUUGGAAUUACCAAAAUUGCCAAAUCACACGAUGGUCGAUGACUUAUUGUGCCCACCAGGCCGUCAAAACAGACCUCCAAAGAUAGCUAUAAUUCUCAGAGGACCACCUGGCAGUGGCAAAUCUUUUGUAACUAAACUUAUCAAGGAUAAAGAAGUCGAGCAAGGUGGCUCUGCACCCAGAAUAUUGAGUCUAGACGAUUAUUUCCUUGUUGAAAAGGAAAAAGAGACUAAAGAUGAUAAUGGAAAAAAAAUCACAAUUAAGGAAAUGAUAUACGAAUAUGAAGAGGCCAUGGAGCAGAGUUAUACAACGUCACUCGUUAAAGCUUUUAAGAAAAACAUAACAGAUGGGUUCUUCAAUUUUAUUAUAUUGGAUUGCAUUAACGAAAAAAUUUCGGAUUACGAGGAGAUGUGGAGUUUCGCCAAGACAAAAGGAUUUAAAGUAUACAUAUGCGAGAUGGAGAUGGAUCUGCAGAUAUGCUUGAAAAGAAACAUUCACAAUCGUACAGAGGAAGAAAUUAAUCGAAUUAUUGAUUACUUCGAGCCAACGCCUAAUUAUCAUCAAAAACUAGAUGUGAACUCAAUGUUGCAAGAGCAGGCGAUAGAAGAGGUCGAUAUGGAAGAUAGUCAAGAAAUACAGGAGCAACCUAUUGCACAAAAUGAAGAUAGCGAAGACAGCCACACGGAUACUCAGGAUGCAAUUGGUGUUAGCAAAUGGGAGAAAAUGGAAGCUGAAGAUAAGUUAGAUCGACUGGAUGGUUUAGCGAAAAAGAAAAACGAAGCAAAACCGCAAACUAUGGAAGACUUUCUCCAAGUUCCUGAUUAUUACAAUAUGGAAGAUACUUCUGGCAAAAAACGGGUACGUUGGGCCGAUUUGGAAGAACGUAAAGAACAGGAAAAGAUGCGUGCUGUCGGAUUCGUCGUCGGACACACGAAUUGGGAUCGAAUGAUGGAUCCUACAAAGGGCGGAAGUGCCUUGACACGCACAAAGUUUUUCUCAUUGUCAUAAAAACUGAUAGUUUUACGCGAGUUUUAUUCAAAAAGAAAUAAAAGAAAUUCAAUCAAUUGGCUAUGUUUUACUCUUUUAUUUGUAAAGCACUCUAGCACAUUGUAUAAGAAAAAUUACUCCAAGGAAGCAGACAUCGAUUUAUGACGAUCAGUACACAACACAGAAUAAUAAUAAAUGAGAUAUCUUCGAUCAUAAGGCAAAAUUAUAAGUUAAAAUUAUAAAUUAUAAGAAAUUUAUAAGUUUUGUAUAUGAUGUGCCUAGAUCUACAUUAUAUAAGAUUUUGUACAGUAAGGGAAUAGGAUAUACAUACAAUAGUACAUAUAUUUCAGUUGUAAUUACUUUAAUUGUAAUCGUAAAUCGCUUUAAUUGUAACUGUUACUAUGUUUCUGCUUUGAAAAAUAUAAAAUAUAAACUAUUGCUAAAGUAACAUUUAUUAUAGUUGAUGAUUAUAGAUAAUAAUAUAACUUAUUUCAAUUAAAAAUAAUUGUUUGGUUGGAUUGAACAUAUGUGUGUGUGUGUGCCCAGCAGUUGUUUACAGUUGUUAAUCGUAACAAUUGUUGUAUGUUUAUAAAGCAAAUUUUAUUUGCGAAUGUAAAUCCAUCACUGAUACGAACUAAUAUAAAAAUGUACAAAAAAAAUCAUAUUUAAAAAUUUGCAUAAAACACUUUGGAAAUUUAGUUCGUAUUACCUUUUACCAUUCCAAUCUGUCUAAUCUUGAGAAUCUAGCUUCUGAAUUCAAAUAUUUGUAUUAGUUUCAUUUGGUUUACCUCUUACUCAAAAUCCUGGGCAAUUUAAUCUUCUAAUACUGUAAUGUAGUAUUCUAAUACUGUAAUGCAUAUCGGUAAAGUAUAUGCUUUUCCGAAUUCCUUGUAAUGUGUUGCACACGAUAGACAUUUGUUAUGUAUUUUCCCGAAAAAAAAAA